GGCGGCACCGAGAGUGCGUCGCAGCCACUUCCGCCCUCCCCGCGCUGUCGGACGCUCCUCCUUCUCGCGAGAGGCGCGUGUUGCCGAGCCGCCGGCAGUGGGGAAGCCGGGGAUCGAGUCCCGGGUGGCAGUCUUGACUCUCCUGUGGCUCAUUGUUUUGAGAUCCGCAGCACUGCAGGGAUGGCAGACUUUGGGAUCUCAGCUGGCCAGUUUGUGGCCGUAGUCUGGGAUAAGUCCUCUCCGACGGAUGCUCUGAAAGACCUGGUGGUUAAGCUUCAGGCGGUAACCGGCAGAGAGGGUCGAGUGUCUGUAGAAAACAUCACCCAGCUGUUGCAGUCUGCCCACAAAGAAUCCAGCUUUGACAUUCUUUUGUCGGGUGUGAUUCCUGGAAGCGCCAUUCUGCACAGUGCUGAGAUUCUGGCUGAGAUGGCCCGGAUCCUUCGGCCUGGUGGACGUCUUUUUCUGAGAGAGCCAGUAGAGACAGCUGUAGUUGACAAUGGCAAAGUGAAGACGGCCGCUAAGCUGUGUUCAGCGCUGACUCUUUCCGGUCUUGUGGAAGUGAAAGAGCUGCAGCAGGAGUCCUUGAGCCCCGAGGAGAUACAGUCUGUCCAAGAACACCUGGGUUACCAUAGUGACAGCUUGCUCUCUGUGCAGGUCACAGGCAAAAAACCCAACUUUGAAGUGGGUUCUUCUAGUCAACUUAAGCUUUCGAUUGCCAAGAGGUCAUCUCCAUCUGAGCUCUUUUCCUUUCGUUGCUUGGACCCAGUGAAGCCUGCUGUGGACCCUGCAGCUGCCAAGCUCUGGACUCUGUCAGCCAAUGACAUGGAGGACGACAGCAUGGAUCUCAUCGACUCAGAUGAGCUACUGGACCCAGAAGAUUUGAAGAAACCAGAUCCAGCUUCCCUGCGAGCCCCUUCGUGUGGAGAAGGGAAGAAGAGGAAGGCCUGCAAGAACUGCACUUGUGGCCUUGCCGAAGAACUGGAAAAAGAGAAAUCAAGGGAACAGAUGAGCUCCCAACCCAAGUCGGCUUGUGGAAACUGCUACCUGGGUGACGCUUUCCGCUGUGCCAGCUGCCCCUACCUCGGGAUGCCAGCCUUCAAACCUGGCGAGCAGGUGCUCCUGAGCAGUAGCAACCUCAGUGACGCCUAGAAGGGACACCGCAUGGGACACAUCGGCUCCUCCGGCCGACUCCGGCCCGCCGCUCUCACCGUCGUGGUUCCUCCCAUCUCUGGAUUGGCUCACUCUCCUUUGGAAAUUCAUCGUGGGAAGGCUGUUUAGCAGAUGGGGUGCAGCUGCCCGUGGGGUAGUGGUGAGCAGUGCUGCUGGGGAGCCAAAGACCAAGGCACCGUGGGGCCCGGUACGCGGAGCGGGGCCUGUUUCUUCACCUGGUGUUAGGGGAGCGGAGUGUGUCCUAAUGUCAACACGCUGAGCACAACGCUCUCUGAGCCCAGACAUCCCUGAGUAUUAACACUCGAUCAGAGGGUCCCUACCCUCCUCAGAGCUCGGCAGUAGCGCCAUUGCUUGUCCUCCAGAGCUGGUGGUUGACUCAACAUGCAGUUCUGGUCAAGUGUCUCAUGACCUCAGGGCACCAAAGGAAUCACUCGUUGGUUGCUGUGAUCAUAGCCAGUGUCUCUCUAACCCCUAUCACCCCCGCCCUCCACAUUUUAGUGUAUUACAGCUGUGUUUUGUUGUCAUUUCUGUUAAUCUAUAGUAUUAAACUUGUGUACUUCCGCA